CCAACUUCACUACCAAGGAAUCACAGUAUACAGAAACAUGGCCUCUACAGGGAGAAUGAAAAUAUUCCCUUUCUUGCUGUUUGUUCUCUUCAAGUCAGGUACAAGUACAACAUCAUCAGUUAACAUCACUGCAAGAGUGGGCCAAAACGUCAGUCUACCAUGUAUUCUGAGUUCACAGAGUGUCAGUGUUGUCCAGAUGCAAUGGCACCGAGAGAUGGAGGGGCAUCAGCAGGGGAAGCCCAUUGUGGUCUACAAUCUACAAUUUGGGAAGUGGGAAUCCUCACAAAGCAAGGGAACACUAGGAGCCAUACAAAAUCCCACUGAUCAGCUGAAGAGAUUUUAUUUGGACCUGGAGUAUCUAGAGCCAGAGGACAGCGGUGUUUAUGUUUGUGGCAUCAACGCUUUCCCAUCUGGAACCAUCACACAAUAUGUGAAUUUACAAGUAGAAGCCAAAGAAGACAAAGAUAGAACUGGCCAACCGCUGACCACAGAGGUCCCUGUAGAACCACAGCGUCCAACCACAUCAAGUAGCUCAACAGCAGCUAUUAAGGUGAUUUUCUCAACUGCACUGACCACCGGAGGAACCACUGCCCAUUCAGAUUUUUCCACUAGCAACAAUGAGUCCGACGCUAGUUCUGUGUCUAUCUCAUCCACCACCAGCAGCCCAAGGGAACCUCAAACUAGCACAAAGUCUCCACUAUCAUGGGACGGCGAUGCCACAGCCACGGCAUGGAUAGAGUAUAAGCAAAAUACAACAUACGACAGACAGAAUGUCAGUGUGUAUCAAAUCAAUGCUACAACAGUGCAGAGGGCAAUGGGGACGCGAGGGUCAAAGGUCAACAACAUCUCAGUCGAAGAGAGUACACAGCAGCAGGCGGGCUUGAGGACCCAGACAACUGCUGCUAUGACCACUGUUACAUCAUCAGACCACCAGAACCAUGGCAACUACACUACUGGAGUAGUAACCACCACGCCUGAUAACAGUCAACAAUACCUGUCACUCAUCAUCAUUCUGCCCUUCCUGGCCCUGCUCCUGUUUCUUGGACUUCUUUACCGUAGAAAUCUCAUUCGGAAGAGAAUGGACGGUCCUCCAUCUUUUAAGCCCCCUCCACCACCCGUUAAAUACACAUCCAUGAGAGUACAACAUGAGAUCCUUAUGAGAUCGGACAUCCUGGUGUGACAGGACCACACCACACAUCAAACGAGAAGAGGUGGCUACUCCUGACCUGUAUAGGCCUAGUGCAAGUUGGAAAUGCAACUCAGCUGGUGGAGUAUAUGCCAAUGGCAUCCUUUCUAGACGAACCUGCAGAGCAAAUUCAAAUUUGCAAACACGUUCAUCUGGGUUCACCCUGGCUAGUGUCUACCAAAAGGCUAAACAAAAAGGACAGAAAUGUUUCCGAUGUUUUUUUGUUUUUACUCUAAAAGCUCCAUAGUUAAAGGCUUAUUCCAUAUAAACUUGUAAUACAAAAAAAACAUUCUUUGGUGGUAUAAAUUAAUUAUUCCAUAUAAACUUGUAUUACAAAAACAUCAUUCUCCGGUGGUAUAAAUGAACUCACUGCUCCACAUUUGUCCUUGGAAUAAGCUAUUUUGUUGUUUUUGGACUAAGCUAUUUUUGUUAUUGUUUUUUAGAAGUGUUUUCUGUUGGAAAAGCUUACAUAUUUAGGUUAGAACAAACUUCAAGCCCAACAUCCUGGAGACAAGGCCAGGAUGGCAGUUGAACUGUUAAGUUGAAAUAGAACCAAAAACAUGAACCAAAAGUAGACCUAACUCUGAACCUAUUAAUGUGAAAAUUAUGUUGAUAACUGCAAAUGAAACAAGUUCUAUUUAGGGUAGUGACACAUGAUGAAUCUACUGCUUACUGUCAUUGGCACAAUGGAAGGCAGACCUUUCAUAAGUGCCUGUCACUGCAUUGUAUUCCGUGUAAAUUGUGUAGUUCUUUUUUAAUGUUUUAUCUGUUUUAUAUGCCAUGUUAUAUGAUGGCCUUUUCUAUGAUUCUUAACAAUCUAACCAAUUAUAUUUUUGCCUAUUGAACUUUCUCAGUGCUCAGUACUGUAAAUAAAACAUGUUUGAUGUAAGUGUAUGCAUAACCCAACAGGCAUCUUUUCGCUGAAACAGACAGGGAGCUGUGUAUAAUAUGAUUAAAUUGUUUUAAAUUGUGUUAAGUUUUAAACUGUUUACCAUGUGGUAAAUCGCUUUGCAAAAAGUGUCAGCCAAGUAAUGUAAUGUAAUGAAUGUAUUCAUACUGGGAUAUUACAGUAA